CUAAACCAUCCACAAUAUGACAAGGUGUUUGGAAGGAUUGCACAGUUCUGCUGUUUUCCUCCCCCUCCUAAUCCCUGAUUUUAAAUAGCUAGCUCUUUAGACAGGUCACAAUGAGAUGGCUUUAAUCGACUAUGUGGAAUGAAAAUGAUAGAAUGCAAGAGAACGACCCAAACCUGAAGAUUACUUUAUUGGGAGAUGGACGUAUGGGGAAUACAUUAAUCUGGAUCUUGUAUUCAUGUGCAGAAGAGGACACAGCAAAAUAACCAUAAAAUGUAUGGGUUUAUUAACACCUGCUUGAAGUCUCUGGUGAUAGAGAAAUAUGGUGAAGAAACAUGGGAAUUACUAAGAAUUAAAACAGGAGUGCAAGACACGUUUAUGACAUAUGAAGUCUACAAAGAUGAAAUAACAUUGCAGUUAGUUGACAAGGCCUGCCAGAUGUUGGGUGUUUCACCAGAGGCUGUGCUGAAGCAAUUUGGCGAGUAUUUCUUUGAGUUUUGUAAAAAAUCUGGAUAUGACCACAUGCUGAGGACAUUAGGUGGAAACCUGUAUGAAUUUAUAGCAAACCUCGAUGCUCUGCACAGUUAUCUGUCUCUCUCCUACCAGGCUAUGAAUGCCCCAUCUUUUAGAGUGGAGAUGAAUGAUGAUGGAUCCAUGCAUUUACAUUAUUAUUCAGACAGAAGAGGCUUAUGCCACAUUGUUCCAGGUAUCAUGGGGGCAGUAGCAAUGGAUUUUUUCAAAACUGAAAUUUCAAUGGAAAUAGUUAGUCAAAUAGAUGAAGAAGAGAGAACAGGGAAGAAAGAACACAUUGUGUUUCUGGUCACUCAGAGGCCAGCAUUUCCACCCAAACCCAAGCAGAUACCUUCUUCCCAUCAAGUUAACAAACAGGACAUUGAAAAGGCAUUUAACAAAUUUAGAGACAGAACUAACUACGUCUCAGUAUGUCCUAUAAAGAAGAAUCACUGGGGAACACUACGAGGAAUUGUUCAGCUUGGAAAGGGUAAAAUGCUAAGGGGAUUUUUACCGGUUUAUCCAAAUAACCUCUGGGUGGAUGUAAAAACAUUUUGCAAUGGACUCCCUUUUCAUAUAGUGUUCGACGAGGAGCUUAGGAUAAAGCAAGCCGGUGUGAGUAUUCAAAGGAUUGUCCCAGGCAUCCAGAUAAUGGGAAUAAGACUGGAUCAGUAUUUCAGCACAGUGCAUCCAGAAGUCACGUUAACAAUAUCUAACAUCCGAAAGUUCAUCAAUAGUCAGUUUGUCUUCCGGACAAAGAGAGAGAUGAUGCCAGAGUCCUGGAAACAUCGGCCAAUGCUAGAGCUGAGAGGACAAAUGAUAUGGAUGGAAAGCCUUCAGUGUAUGCUGUACCUGUGCUCACCUCUGUUACGUUCUUUGCAUGAGCUGGAGGAGCGUCAGAUGCAUAUCUCUGACAUAGCGCCACACGAUGUAACAAGGGACCUGAUUCUGCUGAACCAACAGAGACUGGCUGAGAUGGAGCUUUCCAAUCAGCUGGAGAGGAAGAAAGAGGAGCUACGCAUUUUGUCCAAGCAUUUAGAGGAAGAGAAGAAGAAAACAGAAGCUCUGCUCUAUGCUAUGCUUCCAAGGCAUGUGGCCAACCAACUGAAGGAGGGCAAAAGAGUGGAGGCAGGGGAAUUCAAGGAGUGCACAAUACUAUUUAGUGAUGUUGUAACGUUUACCAACAUUUGUGCGCAGUGUGAGCCCAUCCAGAUUGUCUCCAUGUUGAAUUCUAUGUAUCUUCGCUUUGACCGAUUAACCACCGUUCAUGAUGUGUACAAGGUAGAGACCAUUGGAGAUGCGUACAUGGUGGUGGGUGGUGUCCCCAUACCUGUCUCUACUCACGCAGAAAGAGUUGCAAACUUUGCAUUGGGAAUGAUACUCAUGGCGACAGAAGUAAGGAAUCCAGUCACCGGAACACCCAUUCAAAUUCGAGUUGGACUGCACACUGGUCCUGUGUUAGCCGGAGUAGUUGGAGAAAAGAUGCCUCGAUAUUGUUUGUUUGGAGAUACCGUGAAUACAGCUUCUCGUAUGGAAAGCCAUGGGGUUCCCAGUAAAAUUCACCUCAGCCCAUACACCUAUAGGUGCCUUAAAAAUAAAGAAUUUGAAAUAACUGAACGGGGGGAGAUUGAUGUGAAAGGGAAAGGGAAAAUGCGCACAUAUUUCUUGAUAAGGAAUUUAACUGCAAAGGAAAGUGAAAUUUUAGGACGUCCAGUAAAGGUAACGGAUUCAGGCUGGGAACCUUCUCAACCACUGCAAGAUGAAUUCAGUAAGGAGAACUUGCAAAUGAGCUGCCCUCCAGAUGAAAAAGAAGACUUUAUCCAGGAAAUGCUUCCUGCCGUACCAAUGCAAUACGCCGAUAGCCCAGAGAUAAGCAACAAGGAAAGCAAUCCAAAUACGAAAGUAUUGACAGGGAAACUGCAAGAUUCUAGAAGAAAUGGGAGCCCUCAAAGUGACCAGAAGUUUAGGGAAGGCAAUCACUCUAACAGCGGAGUAGUCACAGGAAAAGGAAUACAGAGCGGGAAUGUUAGAUCACAUUUCUGCCUUUUGCUUUAACCUGUUCCCUAAGCAGGCAGGAUUUAGGAGCACAUGUAAGCAAUGUAAAUACAAGAUGGCCACUGGUCUCACGAUUCCAGCAUCGCAUCACACAUGAAUCUCACACAGAAAUGUACCACCAGCACAGGCUGAACGCCAGCUUCCAAUUACCAGAUUAUUAAGAAGUGAAAUAAGCACUUUAAUUUCAGUUAAAGGAACAUCUUUAGCUCACCUGGAAUAGGAAUGGAGAUACAUCUAAAGCACACCUAGACCAAAGGCUACUGGUGAAUGAGCUAAAAUAAAAUUUGAACAGAACGAAUAGAUGGGAUCUGGGUGUGUCAGUUUUCUAAACGUAUCUCACUUAAACUAAAUGCUUUUGUUUUGUGUCAAUAUAUAACACACAGUGUGAUAUGAUUAAUACUACGUGG